CGCCUCCCAUUGGCUUGAAGUUUUCUUUAAUAAAUAUAAAAAUCGAAACUAAAAACAAUACAAAGGCUCUUUUUACGUCAUAUGUAUUGCAUUUCUCCGUCAGGAAUACUCUCCUACCUGUAUUGCAUUGGAUCCAUCCAUGCGUGGCCCCACCAGUGAGUCACUACGCAGGUGACGCGAGCACGUUGCUCCACCCAACCCGCAGGAAGACAUUGCUUUGUUAUCCGUACCACCUUUGCAUUGCCAAAAGAGUUGCUGCUCGCAUCGUAGUUCCGCCGGACCACCGAAACCUGCGUCACCCUUUCCCAUCGUUACCCCUCGUCUCCCCUCUCAGGCUCAGCUCUCAGGUGGCGACCGCACCCCCGCCAAUCGCCCGUCGUCGGAUCUUCAUCCAACGGCCGUGCCCUUCUGGUAUGCCCUUCUCUCUUCCCCUCCUGUCCCAGUCCCCAUGUACGGCGGCUACGCGGCCGCUACCUUCGCUGUGAGGGCAAAAUCCUCCAUUUGCCACUCUCGCCGCCUUGCCCUCCUCGACGAUGGGGGAGGGGAUGAAUUCGCCCUCCAUGGGCUCUCCAUAAACCCCAGAUUCAUGCUCUAUGGCUACUACUCGAGGCAGUCCAGUUUGAUCUACUGGUCGCAUCUGAGAACCUUUCUCGCCGGUCAUGGUCGGCGCCACUACCUCCGGCUGAGCCUCCGCGACGUUCAGCCGUGCGCUCCCAGGGUGCCAGCGAGGAGAGGAGGGUGCAGGGCUUGUUGUUGCUGUCGGAGCCCCCAACCGAGGUUUCAAAUGGCCGGUGAGUGCUGCAGAGAAAGCUUCGAUGACGGGAUGUGGGAAGAUGACGCGGACUACGUUGAGUUUGGCGAUAUGAGGAGGCAUUCGAGGAGGGAGGUUAAAAUUAGGUCGGAUGAUGGUGAAAAGGUACGAUCUUUGAGAGCGAGGAAAGAUACAUCGAGCUCGGUCUGCCCCUCGUGUGGGCAUGAGAACAAGAUGAGUGGGGGGCUGAGCUCUGGUGGUAACAAGUGUUACACUGGCAAGAAAGUCAAUGCAGCGGUAAGAGAGGUUCGAGAAGGUUGGAAGUUGGAGGAUGAUGUUGAUUAUGAUUCAAGAGAAGAAUCAGAUUAUAGAGCUAACAACUAUAAUGUGAGGGACUUGACAUCGGCAAGGGUCUCUAAUAGGAAGACUGAGGGUAGGUCGGCCAAAUCAAUUGCUUCAGCCUAUCAAGAGAAAGAAGAUCACCAAUUUAAAGUGGAAGACGAGGUCAAGAAGAGAGACUCAAGGGAACGUUCCCGAAAGUUUGCAAAAAUUGUUAAGGUGGAUGACAAUGUGGAUGUGGCUUCCAGUUUUAUUAAUAUGGCUGAUCUAAGGAAGGUGGACAGAGACAAGCAAGUCGUUGAACAAGAUAAACAGGAAGUUGACAAAAGAAUGCAAAGAGGCGCUUCAUGCAGUUUUUUGGCUCAUGGAAGGAGGGAUGAAUAUUACCUUGGAAAGCAAAACAUUAUUGGGAGGGAGUCCAGGGAAGGAUCACAAAAGUCUGUAAUAGCAUCUGAUGUACAUGAGGACGAUAUGAUGAUGACAUCCAGGCCUAAGAGACACGUUGAUGAAAGGAAGGUUGAUAUGGCAGAAAGUUCAUUGAAACAGCAUGGGCAAGUAGACAAAAGAGUAGUUAGACGAGCUGAAUCGAGAACUGAAGUCAGUGACGAAUAUGUUAAUAAUGAGAAUCAGGUUGCCGUGCAAAGGGAAGCGAUAGAAGGAUCUCAAAGAUUUAGGAGAAUACCUGGGGUGCAUGAGGACAAUGCAGGGAGGAUCGCCAGUGCUGAGAGCAUGCUUGACACGAGGAAGGUGGACAAGGAACAUUCUUCUACAUCAAUCAUGAAGAAGCAUACUGCAGUAGAUCAGCAAGCAGUUAGAAGCUACGAAUCAAGAGAACAAUUACAAAAUUUUAGACAGAUAGAAGAGGUCCAUAAUAGCAACAUCCAGAACGUCUCAAAUAAUGAAAAGCGACACGAGGAAGUGCUGGUGAAGAACAGAGAUGAUAAAUCAAUUUCAGUUCACAUGGCUAGAGAUAACAGAGGCCACAUUGGCCAACAGAUUAUUGAUAAAAUGGAACUUGGUAAGCAGUAUGAAAAUCAAGUUGAUGUUUCUAGACCCCAUGUAAGGGGAACUGAGAAUGCCAGCAGCUCUCAGAGCCUUCUGCGAUCGAGAAUAAAUGAUCGAGUAGACUAUUCUACUUCAAUUAUGAAUCCAAUUCAUCAAGUGGAGAAGCACCAAACACAAUCAGAAAGUCAAUAUACUUAUCAAUAUAGUCCAAAAAGAGAAUCUGGAAAGGCCAUGUGUACUUCUGAGUUGCCAAGGAAAGAUAGUGGAAAGGUUUCCACUGCCCAAGUCAUGUACAAUGCAGACAUACAAAAUGAGCUCAACAGUUGUCAGUAUAGUUCGAGAAGAGAAUGUGAAACAGAUGCUAGAAUGUCUUAUGCAGUGACUGACAUCCAAAGGAACUUUAAUUCGCAGAAUAUAUCUAAUAUGAGAAUCAGAAACAGUAAAGAGAGAUCUUCAUUGUUGAUGGUGCAGGAUGAUAAAAAGAAACUUGGUACUGUAACCGGAGAGAGUUCACAGCCGAUAAAUCAAGAAAUCACUUCUCUUGGUGCUUUUGAUGGUGAUUCCAGCUUUCUUGACACACAUAUGCAACAACCAGAUGAUCCAUCCUGCAGAGAUGAGAACUACCUAGUCAAAAGUGAUACACUGGAUUCUGCUAGUAGAUUAGAGAGCUCUUCUGCGAUGUAUGUUGGUGAGUUUGUGGACAAGCUAAGGCACGAGUCAUCAACUUUUAUAUCUUCUGGAACUCAGACAGAAAAAGCACAUGGUAAAGGCAUUCAAGCAACUACAUCCAUGCAGUCAGAUAGACUUGUUGCCACAAUAACAGAAAAGGAUGAAAAAUAUAUACAAGAAGGUUCAGGGAGAUCUUCUAGGUCUGGAAUUAGAGGGCCAUCAGAUGAGAUGUGGGAUGUUAGGAGCCUGAUUUCUCAAAAAGAUGGUAGGAAAGAAGAACAGGGGGAACAUGGUUUAUCUGCUGGAGUUAUAGAUUCUACAACCACUACCCCUACUGUCGAAAAUACCAUCGCUGGAAGAUCCCCCAAGUCAUUGUGGGCUCACAUAGCAGAUAUAAUGAGAAUGGGUUGGGUUCAUCGUGCUGAAUCUCAUACUUCAAAUCGGAAAUCAGGCAAGAGAAGCUCCUCUGAAGGCAGUGAGGCUUGGUUUUCUGGUCAAGAUGCUAGUGAUGAUGAGAAUGAUCCUAAUGCAAGAAGCAGUGAAAUAAAGGAGUUAUUGCCAGUUGCAGCCCCUGUAGAUCGAGGCCAUGAGACACAUUCUAGUAUUACUCAAGGAUGUUUUCAGGCACCAGAUGUUGUUGUCAUGCAGUUGGGAGGUGGUGCAUCCACCUCGAUGGCAACUGCAGGAGGUUAUGCAUCAAAAGGUGCUUCUGCUAAUUCAAGGCCAGAACAGUCAACAUUGGCUGAGAAUGAAAAGGGAACCAAAAGUAUAAUUUAUCGUGCAAUAACAGUUGACAAACCAUCAUUGAUGACUGGUGAUGCAUCUUCAGUUGCCAUUGAUGAAGGAAUAACUUAUACAGGAAAUCUUACAGUACCUGUAUCUGGCUACAAACCAUCAUUGAUGACUGGUGAUGCAUCUUCAGUUGCCAUUGAUGAAGGAAUAACUUAUACAGGGAAUCUUACAGUACCUGUAUCUGGCUACACGAAUUUUGAAGAAGAUCUAUUGAGAGAGGAACCACCUGAAGCUGACAAGACCGAAGGGAAGGAUGGGGAGUUAAAAAGGAGGAAACUUCGAAGGAACAAACAAGUACUAAAAGAAACAUUUGAGGAGUGGGAAGAAGCAUACAGGUUUGAAAGUGAACGGAGAAAAAUCGAUGAGUAUUUUAUGAGGGAAGCUCUAGUGGAAGCUCAGAAAGCUGCAGACAUCUGGGAGGUACCAGUUGGGGCUGUAUUAGUGCAGAACGGAAAGAUAAUUGCUCGGGGCUUCAAUCUAGUGGAAGAAAGGCGUGAUUCAACUGCACAUGCUGAAAUGAUUUGUAUUCGCGAAGCAUCUAAUCUUCUUCGGACCUGGCGCCUUGCAGAAACAACACUUUAUGUGACACUUGAGCCUUGCCCCAUGUGUGCUGGAGCAAUCCUCCAGGCUAGAGUUGAUACUGUGGUAUGGGGAGCUCCCAACAAACUACUAGGAGCUGAUGGCAGCUGGAUCAGGCUAUUUCCUGGUGAUAAUGGAGGAAGUAGUAGCUUAGAUCCAUCAAGCCAAAUGGCCGGUCCUGUUCAUCCCUUCCACCCUAACAUAAGAAUAAGACGUUGGGUGCUUGCAACCGAGUGCUCCGAUGUACUGCAACAAUUCUUCCAACUCAGAAGGAAGAAGAAAAAGAAGCCGGAGUCACCACCGCAACCAUGUCUGCCAGUGCCAAACCACCCUAUAAAGUUAUUUACGAGGAUGCAUAACAUCUUCUCCGUAAUGUUUUGUUUGUAGCGUUUCCAACGGGCUGGCUUUUUUUUGUACGAUCGAUCGCCGGUGAUUAGGAGUUGCUUGUGCAGAAAUAAUUGUCAUGUUUUGGUUGCUCUCCAUGAUUUUCUAUUAAAUUAAAAAAAUGGUUGAUAAGAUCUAACAA